AUGGUGGAAUGGUGGGUAGGGAAGGAGGAAGAAACAACGAGGAGAGCAAUGACAGGGGGAAAGCUAGGAGGGGAGAGGCUCAUGCUGUGGCGCCCUGCCAUGGUGGGCGGGAGAGCUGGAAAGGUGUGGGUUGGUGGGAGGGGUGGAUUGAUGCAGGGGAGGGAGGGCGGAACGAGUAUGGGCAAGGCCGGGAGAAAGGAGCUGCAGGCUGCGGUGAAAGAGAGGCGGCAGGGAACGGAUGCUACUGGCUGGACUAUGCACAACUGUAGCAUCCAUUCCCUGCCGGAGGGAGAGAGAGGGAGACAGCAGGGCGGGUUGGAGCUGCUGCUGGCUGCACUAUGCACACCUGCGGAAGUGGGGGACGGUAAUAGGGUUGGGGAUGGGGAGGGGGGCGUUGGUGGAGAAGGGGAUGAGGGAGCGGAUGGAGAAGUGGAUGGGGGUGGAGAAAGGGACGGGGAUGGGAAAGUGUAA